CGCGCGACGAGGAUGCAGUCGGAACGCCAUCUGAAACGAUCGCUUCCGGUGCAGAGCAGCAGUAAAAUGGCAGUUGCGCGCAAAAGUCUGUUUAUUUACGUGCUGUCGAUGAUUAAUUGAAUUCAACGUCGUGUCCACGAGAACGGUGUCCGGAUGAUCGAGCUCGGCAACGACGGGAGGAACGUUGAAUAUAGACACGCGAGAACGUAACCGAAUCAAAAAGCUCGGCGGAAUCAAGAAGAAAAAGAAAAGGGAGGGAAAAAGAAACGUGAGUGAAUGUCGCGGCCGUGGAACUCAGCCUGUCGUCGUCGUCGUUCUAACCUAUUUCACGGUGCAUCGUGUCCCUCGCGUUCUGGAAUUUUCCGACGCGCUGUCAACGCGUUGUUUGCCAACAGUGAUUCGGCAUGAUGCCAUGUUGCCGCAAACGCUGAGCACGGAAUCGUGCGAAAUUGUUACCAUGGCUGACGAAGUGCUGCCGGCGAGCUUGGAGAGGCUCGAGAUUGAUCGACUGUCCUCGAUCGGCUGCCCUCACGUUACACCAGCCGACAGCAACGUGAAGUCGUCGAAUCCAUUUAGAACAAGUAAAACUCAAGUCAGUUCCGACUGCAGUCACUUGUUUCAAAAGAGAUUGAUGCCCGUCAGGCCGACGACGUUAACUGCAAUCAGCUCCAGAGGUGUGAAAAGCACAACGAACUUCAAACCAUCAAAGAACGAAAGAGCACUCGAUAAGACCAAGAAGAACUCGAUAAUCAAAGAGGCUGUUUUAAAGUUGAACAAUACCGGCACUAAUUCUGGCCAGCUUAGUGAUGACCUAGCGAGUACGUUGCUUAAGGAAACAUGUAAAUUUAGUAUCUGUGGUAAGAAUUCAAAGAUAUUUGGCCAUGGUACGGUUGCAAAGGACUUUAAAGCGCUGAACAUUAGUCAAGACUCUAGACAAGCCAAGGAUGACACCAGCAUCCAAGACGAUUAUCAAGCUAGUAGUUUCCAACGGGCACGCAGUAAUACAAUGCCAAGCUUAAAAAGAGGGCCUGGUCCAGGUGGAGGUAGUAGUAACAAUAGCAACAAUAAUAACAGCAGCAACAACAACAAUAACAACAACACUAACAAUAAUAAUAAUAGUCAAUUGGAAAUUACUGGUUCAACUGGCGGUCAACCUUCAACUUCAAAUACAUGUUCAGCACAAGCACGAAUAUCUCCACCAUCGUGCGAUGUCACUAUUGAUGAGCUUGCCAGCUACUUCGAGGAGUUUGUUCAUAUUCCAAAGAAGAUGUCACACAUGGCAGAGAUGAUGAAAGAAUAUUCAACGAUGUACAACAAUACUUCGUGUUUUACGAAUUACAGGAAAAGAAUCAAACGAUCAAGCUUUCGGUGGAAACUUGUCACCAAGCCGAGAGACGCAGUGUUCGUGAGAAGUUCCAAGUAUAAUUUAAAAAUAGGAAAUCGUACGCAACCACACCACCGAGUGUUAUUAAUUCAUACAUCAAAAGAUAUAGGUGAAACUGUCGCACGAUUUCACGACGAUCGAGCGGUAAAAAUAGUUAUUUAAUAGUAAUAAAAAUAGGACUAAUCAAGUUGUGAACUUAUCCUGCUUUGACAAUUAUGACGACAAAUAUUAAAUAUUAAAUAUUACAAUAGGCUACGAAAAGUUUAGCUGGAAUUCCUAAAAUCUUAAUAUCCUAUGCAUCCAUUCGUGGCAGCGAAUGGUCGAAAAUCGAUAGCCUCGCAUAA